ACCAUUCACUCGUCUGACUCGCCGCACUUCUACUUCGAUCGUCAAACAAAACGCGCGCAACCGACAAGACUCAAUUUUUUUUGUGAAGACUACAAUUUCGUGAUGGAGAAGGAGCAUCAACCGGACUCCAUGGCGACUAUCACCAUGAAACCGGAAUACCCACCCUCUGAAGUGUACAGCACGUCGGAACCGCCACCGGCGUAUCGUCAUCGGGUGUCAUCAUCUGUACAAAUAGCAAGGAUCGCAGCGCUAACGGUGGUGGCAGCUUCCUUCAUCCUCGGAGCAUUCAUCCUAGCAUCCAGCUGGGUAGCAGCCCGCGCCUCUUGUCACCAACUGGAGCAGCUCGAUGCUAUGCUCGACAAAGAACUCGCUCUGGAAGGUAGAGCGUACGGGAACGAUGGUCUGAUAGCGGAUGAGCCGUUGCCGGUGGGCAAUGCCCAUGCACUGCACGGCGUGCCUCCGCCCUCAGCAGCUCCGGUCUCGACGUCAUCCAGUCAACCAGUGCUCGGCGACAAUCAGGUCAAAGACGACGCACUUAACCACGCCGAGUCUAAGAUUGACGAAGACAAAUUACAGAAAAUUGACGAGGACAACACUAAGAAUGAGUCUCCGAACUCCAGCAGCGACGAGAGUUCGGCGGAGUCCGAUAGCUCUGCAGAGGAGGAGGACGAAUUCGAUUCUGCCGUGAGGCCGAUGCUCAAACUGCCUAUACAGUUUGAUCUGGAUGAGCUAGCUGGUGCAUUCCUCGCCAAUAACAAUCAGAAAGGUCGCAUGAAUUGUGUGGUGGAACGUCGUCGUGAGGAUCCUAUGGAGAAACGAUUCCCCUUCAACAUCCUUGGAGCCUUUGCACCACGCAGCGCUCAGGCUGAACGUAUCGCCAUCAUCUGCCACGGAGGAGACGAGCCAAGGCCUGUGAACAUGUUCCCGGAGCCACAGUCGCAAGUGUUCGCGUUCCCCUUGUCGGGUCCCGUGCGCCUCCCCCUGAGACCGCAAGCCGAACGCGCUCCUCCUCCGCCACAAGCUGCCGAACCCCGCAUGCCUCCAUUCAUGCCACUGGCUCACCGUCAAGCGCCGUUCCCGUUACCCAUGCCAUGGGACUCAUCUGAGGAGCAAAUGGGAGCACCUCGUGAGAUGCGCAUCCACGUACAACGGGUAAUCGCUAUCCCUGGACCUCAGAACAUGCCACCUCAGCCUGAAUCGCUGCCUCGUUUUAUGCCACCCAAUAUGCCUCCUCAGCCUGAGGCAGUUAACCGAUUCGUAUCGCCACCAGCAAUGCCCCAAGGUCCUGAACAGAAUGAGCAGCCCACAGUUCUCCACCAAUUCGUGCCCCAGACCGCGCCUACACAGGAAUUGGAACAACCGGAAAUGAAGAAGGUCUCGCUUGAAGGUACUCCGAUGCAGAUGCCGUGGAGCUUGAGUCCUCAAGAGCUCUUUGCAAUCAGACAGAACGUAGAAGAUACCGCUGCUACACAGCAUCGCGACCAACAGAUAGAUAAUGACAUGCAAGAGGUGAAAACAAUUAUGAACUCUCUGGCGGCGGCAGCCGAAGCCGAAGCGCAAGCCCAGGCCGAAGAACAACAACGACAAGACGAGCAGCGGCGUCAGGCUGAACAAGUGUCGCAGGAGGCCGAUGUCCCGCGCGCCCCUCGCACUUUACUUUUGCCACAAGAUGUGGAUGAGAGGCCACAUUUCAUGCAGCCCCGCUCCGUUCGCAGCGUGGACGCACUCUUGCACCGUGAGAAGCGCAUCAAGCGUUGCGCCUGUGACUGCGCUUAAACCAUAAGCGUUGUAGCGCUUUAGCUAUUUAGCUAACAGCGAUACUUCCGUCCAUAAUACAAACAACAUUUUUGUAAUUAAAAUACCUUUUUUGUUAAUAUCCAUACAUGUUAUAACGACUUCUUGCUAACAGUUCUCUGUAAAUAAAGUUGUUAAUUACUCCGCUUAGAAAUGUCGUUUUUAUUACCUAUCGGAAGCUAAGAAUUAUUUUGUAUUUUUAUUUGUUAAUUAAUAUUUUGUUUAAUUGUAGUUUGUAGUGGAGAAUAUCUAUUGAUUAAUCUUUUGGUUAAAUUGAGUCAUAAAAUACUUUUGAGUAAUUAUGACUUAACAUUUUUGUAGUUUCCUAUGAACAUAAAUUAAUAAAAAGAACCUAAAUUUAGGCGCAUUGUAAACUGUAGGUUGGUAGUGAAAAGUAGACAGAUGUAAUAUUCGUUUUAUAGAUUAUUAUUUUAUUCUAUAUUAUUCUAGAAAACAUUUUGCAUUUACUAUUGCACACUUACGUUUUGUAAAGCAAAUAAAUAAUGAUUUGACCGGUGAUAAUUACUUACUGUAAUCUAAAGCGAAAAUACAAAGAUAUUUUUAUUGUGAUCCUAAAUUAAAUGUUUAUUAUUAGUUUUA